AUGAAGAAUAUCUCCCCGCUUCUGAACAACCUGGUCUUUGAGUGUUCGACGAGACUUUUCCUGUGCCUGUUGUGGAUGGGAUAUUCUCAAGGAAUGCCGCACGUUUUAAGAUUUGGAGGUAUUUUCGAGUCGGUGGAGAAAACCCCAUCUGGGGCAGAGGAAUUAGCCUUUAAGUUUGCUUUAAAUACAAUCAACAGAAAUAGAACGCUUCUGCCAAACACAACGUUAACAUAUGAUAUCCAAAGGAUAAAUAUUUAUGACAGUUUUGAAGCAUCCAGAAAAGCCUGUGAUCAACUGUCUCUUGGGGUGGCAGCCAUCUUUGGGCCUUCUCAUAGUUCUUCAGCUAACGCAGUGCAGUCCAUUUGCAAUGCACUCGGGGUUCCCCACAUACAGACCCGGUGGAAGCAUCAAGUGUCAGACAACAGGGAUUCUUUCUACGUCAACCUGUAUCCAGACUUCUCUUCCCUCAGUCAAGCCAUCUUGGAUUUGGUACAUUUCUUCAAAUGGAAAACUGUCACCGUGGUGUAUGAUGACAGCACAGGCCUGAUUCGGUUACAAGAGCUCAUUAAAGCUCCAUCUCGGUACAGUAUCCGCUUAAAAAUUCGGCAGCUUCCAGCAGACACAAAGGAUUCCAAGCCUUUGCUGAAAGAAAUGAAAAGGAACAAGGAAUUCCACGUAAUAUUUGACUGUGGUCAUGAGAUGGCAGCAGGCAUCUUGAAGCAGGCUUUGUCGAUGGGAAUGAUGACUGAAUAUUAUCAUUAUAUUUUCACCACCUUGGACAUCUUUGCCCUGGACUUGGAGCCCUAUCGCUACAGUGGAGUGAACAUGACAGGGUUCCAGAUUCUCAACACUGAGAACAGCCAAGUGGCCUCCAUAAUCGAAAAAUGGUCAAUGGAAAGAUUACAAGCACCCCCCAAACCAGGCUCGGGUUUGCUGGACGGGUUUAUGACGACAAACGCUGCCUUAGUUUAUGAUGCAGUUCAUGUUGUAUCAGUGGCUGUCCAGCAGUCUCCACAGAUGACCGUCAGCUCCUUACAGUGUAACAGGCACAAACCCUGGCGCUUUGGGAGCCGCUUCAUGAAGUUCAUUAAAGAGGCCCACUGGGAAGGGCUAACCGGCCGUAUUAUAUUCAAUAGUACCAACGGCUUGAGAACAGAUUUUGAUUUGGAUGUGAUUAGCCUCAAGGAGGAAGGCCUUGAAAAGGUUGGGACCUGGGAAACAAGCAGCGGAUUGAACAUGACUGAGAAUCGCAAAGGAAAGACAGCGAACAUCACUGAUUCGUUAUCCAAUCGAUCAUUAGUUGUUACAACAAUUCUGGAAGAGCCUUAUGUGAUGUUUAAAAAGUCCGAUAAACCUCUCUAUGGAAAUAGUCGAUUCGAGGGAUUCUGCAUUGACCUUCUGAAGGAGUUGUCCAAUAUCCUCGGGUUUACCUAUGAGGUCAGACUCGUGGACGAUGGGAGAUAUGGAGUUCAGGAUGAGAAAGGACAGUGGAAUGGAAUGGUCAGGGAACUGAUGGAUCAUAAAGCUGAUCUUGCAGUUGCGCCCCUGACUAUCACCUACGUCCGAGAGAAGGUCAUUGACUUCUCAAAGCCAUUCAUGACUCUGGGAAUAAGUAUUUUGUACCGAAAGCCCAACGGUACAAACCCUGGCGUUUUCUCCUUCCUGAAUCCUCUCUCCCCUGAUAUCUGGAUGUAUAUUCUGCUGGCUUACUUGGGUGUCAGUUGUGUGCUGUUUGUCAUAGCCAGGUUUAGUCCCUAUGAGUGGUAUAACCCCCACCCUUGCAAUCCCGACUCAGAUGUGGUGGAAAACAAUUUUACCUUGCUAAAUAGUUUCUGGUUUGGAGUUGGAGCUCUCAUGCAGCAAGGUUCCGAACUAAUGCCCAAGGCCCUUUCUACCAGGAUUGUGGGAGGCAUUUGGUGGUUCUUCACGCUGAUCAUCAUUUCAUCGUAUACCGCUAACCUGGCUGCUUUUCUGACAGUGGAACGCAUGGAAUCCCCCAUAGAUUCAGCUGACGACUUGGCAAAACAAACCAAGAUAGAGUACGGUGCUGUUGGAGAUGGAGCCACUGUAACUUUCUUUAAGAAAUCCAAAAUAUCAACCUACGAGAAGAUGUGGGCCUUCAUGAGCAGCAGACAACAGACCGCACUUGUCAAAAAUAACGAAGAAGGAAUUCAGCGUGUCUUAACCACAGAUUAUGCCUUGCUAAUGGAGUCAACAACCAUCGAGUUUGUCACACAGAGAAACUGCAACUUGACACAGAUUGGAGGUCUCAUAGAUUCCAAAGCUUAUGGAGUUGGCACUCCCAUGGGUUCACCGUAUAGGGAAAAGAUCACUAUCGCCAUUCUCCAACUGCAGGAGGAGGGGAAACUGCACAUGAUGAAAGAGAAAUGGUGGAGGGGAAAUGGCUGCCCAGAGGAAGAGAGCAAGGAAGCCAGUGCUUUAGGAGUCCAGAACAUUGGUGGCAUCUUUAUAGUACUGGCUGCAGGCCUAGUACUUUCCAUCUUUGUGGCAGUGGGCGAAUUUCUGUACAAGUCGAAAAAAAAUGCACAGCUUGAGAAGAGGUCCUUCUGUAGUGCCAUGGUUGAGGAGCUCAGGUUGUCUCUCAAGUGUCAACGGCGUCUGAAACACAGGCCUCAGGCACCAGUCAUAGUGAAAACAGAAGAAGUUAUCAACAUGCAUACAUUCAACGACAGGAGAUUGCCUGGCAAAGAAACAAUGGCAUAA